UUCUCUGGGUGUUUGUUUCCUAUAUAUUAAAAAACAUCUAUAAUGAAGCCUUUGUGUGAAAACUGUACUUCAUGAAAGUGAAACCCAUGUAAAGCUUUAACUCGUGAUAUUUUGUGAUACUUUUUGGGUGAUUAUUGUGAGAUCAAAGAGCAUUGGCAAGAUGCCUGUGAUAUUAGACCGGCUGCCCCUGCCUAACAUCACCUGGUACACUGGCAUCAGCGUCUUCUGCUUACUCUGCUCAGUUUAUUAUGCCGGCGUGCAAGUGAAAAUCAACCCUGACUGGAAGGAGCAGCUUGCAUUACGCCAGUCAGCUCUGUCCAAAGGAGACGACGGGUUCCAUCACAGCAAUAACCUGCCCCUCCAUUGGGGGGUUUUCAACCCCAACGAUCCAGAUGACGAGGGAGUCUGUUAUCCUUGGCAACAAAACACCAUAAGCUUUCAGUUAACCUCUUCUUUUGAUUCCCAAUCCGUAAAUAGUUGUUUUAAAGAAUCGUUUGAAGAUAUAAUAAAAUCUGUUCUUUACGAUGAAAUGUGCUACUUAAGAAUCAAUUCAGACGAUAUUGCCUACACUAAUUAUCUAAGUUUCAACCAGCAAAGAUUUUUGUUGUCCAAGACUCUGUUUUCUCCUGAGGAAUACGAACGCCGUUGUUUGCAAGCUGCACGAAAGCUGGCUAUGAAGUAUAACAAAAAAUCUAAACUCUCUGGCGUCAUCGCAUUCAAGGGAAGUAAGCAUUCAAACGAUGCCUCUCUACCGCCAUCAUCCACAAUCAAUGAAAGUUUUGCGCCACCAGCUCACAAAGAAAGUGAUGAAGCUAAGAAAGUUAGCAACCAAUGCAACACCUUCUACGACAGCUACGAACGCAGUGGGCAGUUGUCCCUGCCUCACCUGCCUCUCAAUGAGCGUUCAUGCGACGACAGGGAGAGGGAGAUGUCGCCAUACCUCAUUCCCGAAAUCAUCAGCUUCAUGUUCCAUGAGCCGCUCUGUAUCUGGACGCUGAUCAACAUGGCGUACUGUGUGCUCAUCCUGCUGGGCACGACCAUCCAGCACAUGGUGUUCGGCGAGCUGCGGGUGUCGGAGCAACAGCACAUCAAGGACAAGUUCUGGAACUUUGUCUUCUAUAAAUUCAUCUUCGUGUUCGGAGUGAUGAACGUCAAGCACAUGGACGAAGCUGUGCUCUGGUGCUCAUGGUUUAGCGUGCUGGGAUUCCUCCAUCUCCUGGCCCAGCUCUGCAAAGAUAGGUUUGAGUAUCUCUCAUUUUCUGGCCACACUGGUCGCCGCACUCACCUUCGUCUGCUGGGGCUACUGACGAUCAUCCUGCUGCUGGCGUCAGCCUGCCUCGUCAUCUCGGGCAUCGUAGGCUGUCAUGCUGGCAUCAACACAUUCGCCUUCAUGGCAGCAGAGUGCGUGUUGCUGAUGGUGCGCACUCUGUACGUCAUCACGCGCUACAGUAUCUACCUCUGGGAUAUAAGCCAUCAGGGCCUCUGGGAGAAACGAGGCGGGUACGUGUACGUGACGGAGCUUGUGUUCGAGCUGAGCGAGUUAUGCAUAGACAUGGCGCACCACAUCCACAUGUUGGUCUGGGGUAACAUCAUGCUCACCAUGGCCUCGCUGGUGAUCUGCCUCCAGCUGCGCCUGCUCUUCUACCAACUGCAACACAAAGUCAAAACUCACCGCAACUACCUCAGAGUGCGCAAGCUUUUAGCUCGGUACCCUGAAGUGAAACCAGCUGUGGGAGAAAAUGAAAGCGAGGACACGACGUGUGCCAUCUGCUGGGAGGUGGUGUGUGUGGGGCGCCAGCUGCCCUGUAACCACACCUUCCAUACGGACUGCCUGCUGGCCUGGCUACCGCAGCACCUCUCUUGCCCCACCUGCCGACACCGCUUACGACCCCAGCAACAACUUGAUCAAAACCAGCGGAGUUUGUGGGCUCGUCUCUGGAGCCGCAGGUCGUCUGACCCGCUGGAGAUGACGCAAGGCAGCGACAGCAGCAGCAGUGAGCACAGCACCCCUCGUCACGGCCCGCGCCCUGACAAUGAAGCAAUCUCCGCUGCAGGAGUCCAGGCUCUCCCACAUGAUCCUCAUCCUUCGCCUGAAGAAAUAACUACAACGCCGAGUCCUGAUCAAGACGUGUCGCUACCCGGUAGCUUGUCUGACGUUCAGGAGGAACUUAAUCAGGAUACUGGCACUGGUAAGGCAAUCCUUCGACGUGACGGAUCUUCCAUUGGAGGAGACUCUGAUGACCUGGACCGUGGUUCUGAAUCGUUUAUGCUCGAGAAUGAUGGUUUGUUCUGGACUGGUGAUAAUGACUCGCGAGGUCCACAUGGAGGAGGGAGAAGAGAAGAAGGAAGCGGCAGCAGUAGUGCUGGCAGCGAUGGUUACCGCUACGUCAGUUGGCUGUCGUCGUUCAGCGUCGAGCAGCGACACACGCAACUGCCGCCCGCCCGCCGCGGCGUGUCGCCUGAUAGCUCCGUGCACGCCAUGGCUGUGCAGGUACAGCAAAUGUUUCCUCAUGCCGACUACUGGGAAAUAAUGGAGGACCUGCGACUUACGCGGUCCAUCGCUGCCACAGUUGACAACAUCCUGGAGGAGAGGCUGCGGCCCGCUGCUCGUCUGGCGUCGCCGCCGCGCCCACUGUCCACCUCUCGUGCGCUUUCGGUCAAUAAUGCCGAGUCCUCCUGCCUAGAACCGCCUGCUUCCAAGCUGGGCUUUUUCAAUAUUGCUCAGCAGUCCACGAGUGCCGGGACUUGCCUUCCUGUCGCUCUGCCGCCUGCUACCUCAGAUCAAAGUCGCAAUUCCAUUGAUGUCGCAUGUCGGCAGGAUGAGAAGCUUGACGAUAUGAUGCUAACAGAUACGAAAAGCAAUAAGCUUUGUAAUCAUUCUGAUGCCUCUAUUGCUGCAGGCUCAAGGGAUUCGUCUUUUGGCUCAAAGACGCACCCAUACAACUUAUUUUCAGAAGAAGCGGACGACCAGUCCAGAGUUUCUCAUCAAGAUUAUCUUGAAGAAACUGAAGUCCUUUUAAAAGCCAAUGACAAAAAUUAAUUUUUCACCUUAAUAGUGAUUAAGAAUCGUAAAAUUUGCCCAAAUAGCAAUGCUCUGAGUGGGCUGUCAAGUUGAGAUGGAAGCAGGCCGUGUGCCAAGCUGAGGCGGUGGGAUGGACCUAACGCUGCUGCUAGCGAUCAUUAACGAUUCUCACGCUGCACGCCGGCGAUUUUUGUUGACGUUUAUUGAUGUGCUUGCUAGAAUACCGGUAGCUUGUCUCAGAAAGGCGACGUAAUAUCAUCGACGUGGGUGCUAAUGUUGUUCGAAGUUAUUUUGCCACCGCAUAUAGCACUAAUGCUGCUUCACGUGAAAGUGUGGCCCUGAUUCGUGACGUGCGCCGCUCAAAUGGUUUUGAAAACCAUACCUUGAGGUAAUAUUUACUGCACAUUCGUGAUAUUAUAAUAAUCUGAUUACCAUUAACCCCACAUGAACGAAUGCACAUUAGACUAUUUGGACGAAUCAAACCGGACGCAACAUUUCUAUUGGAACACUACACUCCGUGCUUCCUGUACUCGGCUGGGAAGAAUUUACCCUAGCUCCAUGUAAUCAACUCACUCAAUGUUCGUGUUGGAAAACUUGGCCUCUCUCGUGACUGUACUUAUUUUCAUUCCUAUGAGCGUUUUACUUCUGUGAAAUAUUUUAUUCGAUAAGUCGCAUCUACAUAAUUCCUCAUUGAGUCCCCAUGUUUUUAGGAUACAUCCAAAGCGUUUAUGGUACUGACGCUGAUGUGACACUGUGAAGAAGUCGGGCAUUGAUCGAGAAAGUUUUUGAUCCAUUUAAGUUUUUAUUUAAGGGGUAGGACUGACUGUACAUCUCCUUAUCAUUUGUACCUUUCGCAAUGAUUGGCAUUAGUUGAAAAUGCAAAUGCGUUUAAUUUAAUGAUGAGCAAGAUUUUUCAUCAGGUUCGAUCAUAUUUUUUCAUUUAUAUUGCCAACAGUGAUGUGUUGUAUUAGAAGAAAGUUUGUUCUUUGUGUGUCAACUUCUUCUGAAUUCCAUUAAUCGACGAAGCUGUCUCAAGUGAGACAUAAUGGCUCUUAAAUGUGCUUGUCUUGCCUGCGCUUCCUAGGUGCUCACCACAGAGCUCAUAUCUUAGUUGGGGGAUUUAAGCUGUUCUGUAGGCAGGAUUCUAUGCACUCUCCGUCCUGUGUUCUACCUGUGUAGGCGACCACGUGAUUUGCUAGCGAUCUCUUGUGUCCUUAUUGCUGUUGGGGUAAAAUUUUCUUAUUUUUCAUUUAGAGAUACCAGCGCUGCUCCUGUUAUACAGGCUGCAUCGCGCUGGCAAUCGUCCGCCGCUGUUUCAGAUGAACAUGUUCAUCUGAACGUGUUAAUCUCGAGUGUUCUUCUUGAACGUGUUCUUGAUUCACGUUCAGCAUCGGCUGGCUGCGCCGUUGCCUGUGAAAAUCUUUCGGUGCAUGCAUUUGUUUAAGUACUUGAAUACUUGCUUAUAUACUACCACGAUGAAGACAUUUUCGUCUGGUUUAAAGAGAUCGUAUUUACUGAACUUUAGUUAGUGCCAAUUUCAGUGGACGAAUGAAUUUAAUGCGACGUCCUAAAAUUAAUACUUUAUUUUAGUUUGGAGCGGUUGUUUGGAAUUUGCAGUGCUUUGAAAGGGUGCUCUUUACUACAACUCAUUCGUAAUCCAUCCACGAAUUGUAUAUUCUUACGUAUUUUUCUAUUCGUUUAAUCAAAUAUUAGUUGCUUCA